CCUCCUGCUCGUCGUCGUCUCAAAUCCCCGUCAUUGACCUCCUCCGCCAAAAUGCUGUCCAGGCUCCCUGCGGGUGUGCUGAGGAACGUCGGUUCCCUCGCAGGCCCUCGUCCUGCCACCUUCGCCUCAAAUGCGCGUUUUGCAGUGGUCCUGCAAUGUUCCGGAGUGACACUCAUUGCGCGGCCAAAGUCCUUCAUUAACUCGCGCGCAACCCUGGCUUCCGUGACACUUUUCACCGCCGGCUCGAUCGCGUGGUACAUAGUGCAUGCAAACUCGGCUGCGGACGACGGUCUCCACCCUCCUAACUAUCCCUGGUCGCACUCUGGCUUGCUAGACUCCUUCGACCAUGCCAGGCUACAAGUGUACCGCGAGGUCUGCGCCGCUUGCCACUCGCUGGACCGCAUUGCCUGGCGCAACAUGGUCGGAGUCUCCCACAACGUGGAUGAGGUGAAGGCCAUGGCUGAGGAGAUCGAGUACGAGGAUGGCCCGGACGACGCGGGCGAGAUGUUCCAGAGGCCAGGAAAGCUCUCCGACUACAUGCCCCCUCCGUACCCUAAUGAAGAGGCUGCUCGUGCCGGCAACGGUGGUGCCCUCCCCCCUGACUUGAGCUUGAUUGUCAAGGCCCGUCACGGCGGUGCGGACUACAUCUUCUCCCUCCUGACGAUUCGAGAGGGCAUGAACUACAACCCGUACUUCCCUGGCAAUGCCAUCUCGAUGGCGCGAGUCUUGUUCGACGGUCUCGUUGAGUAUGAUGAUGGCACCCCUGCUACAACUUCGCAGAUGGCCAAAGAUGUCGUCACGUUCCUGAACUGGGCAGCAGAGCCGGAGCACGAUGAACGGAAGAAGAUCGGGCUGAAGCGCUUGUACGCCAAGCGCUUCAAGUGGUCGGUUAUCAAGUCGCGGAAGAUCAUUUACAACCCUCCUGCGGACAAGUCGACACACUAGCGGACUAGACAUAGAGCUGUGAUUUGGGAACAUUAUUCAUGAAGUAAAUAGUAUUCUCAAUCGAGAUUAGUCUUUCCGUCCGGCCUGUUGGGCGUGUCCCUGUAAUGAAACGAGAGAGGAGCGUGAAGGGAUCAUCUUCG